GUUUUCAUGACGCAACCAAGCCGCCGGAAAAGGCUAUUCUAGCCAAUACGAACCUGAUCUGAAGUAGUAUUGAAAUCUUGAGUUUACGAAACAUUGUUUUCGACGUAACACAGGAUAAGAUUUCUCUUGGUAUCAACACUGCAGUGCUUGUGCAAUUGCCGACUGCCGAGUUGUAGAAGUUCAACAACGUUCGUACACUGCGAUACUGCGAAUUCCGAGCCCGAAGGAACUCAAGAUGUCUAUAUAUUUCGUUUCUAGACUAUGCAGGGCUGCUGUACCCUUACGAAAUGUUAAAGUAACCCCAUCUCGAAAUCUCCCUCUUCAAAAUGUUCGCUCUUGCUUUGGUCGAACAUCUGUCACAUUAGCAGCAGAAAAUGUACAAAAAGUUGUUGUAGAUGAAAUUCCAGAGGCUGGAAGAAAAUAUGUAGGAAGAUGGCUGUUCGGCUGUUCAGGAAUGGUUUUUGGAGCAGUUGUCCUAGGUGGCCUUACUCGUCUUACUGAAUCUGGACUCUCAAUGACUGACUGGCAUCUGUUUGGCAAAAGGCCUCCAUUAACAGAAGGAGAAUGGGAAAAGGAAUUUGCACAAUAUAAAGAGUUCCCAGAGUACAAAUUGAAAAAUAUGAAUAUAUCACUGCAAGAGUUCAAGUUUAUUUGGUGGAUGGAGUAUGGUCAUAGGCAGUGGGGUCGAACAAUAGGCACAUUCUUCCUUUUACCAGCUUCCUACUUUUGGUAUAAAGGAUGGUUUAACAAAAUGUUGAAGAAAAGAGUCUUCGCAUGUGGUGUACUCAUUGGAUGUCAGGGCCUGCUUGGAUGGUACAUGGUAAAGUCAGGCUUAGAAGACAGAUUCAAAGAACCUUCAGAUGUUCCAAGAGUUUCUCAGUACAGGCUUAUGUCUCACUUAGGAAUGGCUUUUAUCUUGUACAGUCUCUUCCUUUGGAAUGCUUUAGGUGUUGCCUAUCCAGCACAGAAGAUCAAGCAGGUGACAACACAAGCUGUGAAGUUCCGCAGGCUUGCUCACAUUACCAAAGGAUGGGUGUUCCUUACUGCUAUGUCUG